UCUGCCACUUCCGGUUCCUCUCCGGAUCAGCUGACUCUGAUGCUGCUGACAGGAGAUCCGACGAACUGCGCUGAAUUGCAACUAUGAACAUUGUCAAGCCAUAGAAACACUACAGGCACUCAUAUAUCCGCCAGUAUCAGACACCAAUUUAGUAUACUGUUUUCUGUAGCUUCCUCGGAGCUGUAAACAUGACUGAGUUUUGGCUGAUCUCUGCUCCUGGGGAGAAGACCUGCCAACAGACAUGGGACAAACUGAUGGCAGCAACCACACGCACUAACAACCUCUCCAGCAAUCACAAGUUCAGCAUCCCAGACCUCAAGGUCGGAACACUUGAUGUCCUGGUGGGACUCUCAGAUGAACUGGCCAAAUUAGACGGGUUCGUUGAAAGUGUGGUGAAGAAGGUGGCUCAGUACAUGGCUGAUGUGCUGGAGGACAGCCGGGACAAGGUGCAGGAGAACCUGCUGGCCAAUGGAGUUGACCUUGUCACCUACAUCACUCGGUUCCAGUGGGACAUGGCCAAAUAUCCCAUAAAACAAUCCCUUAAAAACAUCUCUGAAAUCAUCUCAAAGCAAGUAACCCAAAUUGACAACGAUUUAAAGGCCAGAGCAUCAGCUUAUAAUAACCUGAAGGGAAACCUGCAGAACCUGGAAAGGAAGAAUGUGGGGAGUUUGCUGACGAGGAGCUUGGCUGAUAUUGUCAAAAAGGAAGAUUUUGUCUUGGAUUCAGAGUAUCUCAUUACUAUGCUGGUGGUUGUACCCAAGGCUGCCUAUGCUGAUUGGCAGAAAACAUAUGAAACCCUGGCUGAGAUGGUGGUGCCUCGAUCCUCAAAUCUGCUGUUUGAGGACAGCGACAGCGGGUUGUUCAGCGUCACCUUGUUCAGGAAAGCCAUCGAUGACUUCAAACACAAAGCCAGAGAGAACAAAUUUACAGUGAGAGACUUUCAGUACAAUGAAGAGGAGAUGAAGGCUGACAAGGAGGAAAUGACGAGGCUCUCCACAGAUAAGAAGAAGCAGUUUGGUCCCCUGGUCCGAUGGUUAAAGGUGAACUUCAGCGAAGCCUUCAUCGCCUGGAUUCACAUCAAAGCACUGAGGGUCUUUGUGGAAUCCGUUCUGAGAUAUGGUCUGCCGGUGAACUUUCAGGCCAUGCUUCUGCAGCCUAACAAGAAGACCAUGAAGAAGCUGCGGGAGGUGCUCAAUGACCUGUACAAACACCUAGACAGCAGUGCAGCAGCUAUCAUUGACUCUGCAAUGGACAUCCCAGGCCUGAACCUGAGCCAGCAGGAGUACUAUCCCUACGUCUACUACAAGAUCGACUGCAACCUGUUAGAUUUUAAAGUUUAAACUGUUGCCCUGUUGUUGUCCUCAUGCUGAGUGUUUAUUAAGUUAUAUUUUUCCUCGUUCCACCCUUCCCCUCCUCUCUCGCUGCUCCUUCUUUCCUGGUCAGCUUCUGCAAUGACUGUGCUGCAUGAUCAUUCCCUGUGGUUAAAAAGAUUCAUCAAAAAAAAAAGAAAAUGCUACCACUUUUAAAACCAAGAGAUGAGAAUGGACUUUUUUUAUAUAUAUAUUUUGUUCUGUUUAAAGUUUUUUUUUUCCAACACAAGUGAUUUAGUUUUUUUUUCUGAUGUGAAGUAAAUGAGGGAAUCAUACUGGUGAGUUAUACAUUUACUGUCAUUCCACACGUGCUGGUGUGUAUUUAUAGCUGCAACUGUGUCGGUGUUCAGAGAUUUUUGUUUACAUAUGGGUAGUUUCAUCAUUGUACCCAUGGCAACCACACCCGGUACGCAUUGCGGAGUCUGUGGGCGACCCCCACAGAUGACGUGAAGUCAAGUUAUUAACUGAGCGUGUGUUGUUGUUUCUUGUGUGUAUCUUCUGUCAAAAAGAGAUCUAUAGCCGAGUAUUGUGAAAUUAUGAAAUAAAUGAUUCUAUGUAAUUAAAACCAAGGAUUUAUGUGUAAAUAAAACAGCUCAGGCCUGUA